UUUAAUAUUUAUGUAUAGAAUAAACAUUAUAAAAUUGAUAAAAAAAAGUAUUGAAGAGUAAAAAAAGCUGCAAAAAUGGUUGUUCCAGCAAUGAUGGACACUCUGCCAAGAGUUCCAGACGCACAUGGGGAUACAGUAGACGAGAAACUCUUUUCGGAUUUAUAUAUAAGAACCAGUUGGGUUGACGCAAAUAUUGCACUUGAUCAGAUAGACAAGGGAAAAGCAAGGGGUAAUCGAACAGCAGUUUACCUACGAUCAGUAUUUCAAUUUCAUUUACAGUCACUAGGUACUACGAUAGAAAAGCAUGCUGGUAAAGUGUUAUUUGUUGCAAUAUUGGUUUUAAGUAUGUUUUGUGUUGGCCUUAAAUCGGCUCAGAUACAUUCUAGAGUAAAUCAAUUAUGGAUACAAGAAGGUGGUCGAUUAGAAAAGGAAUUAGCAUAUACACAAAAGGCAAUUGGUGAAGUUGAUUCAUCGACACAUCAAUUAAUUAUACAAACGGGACACGAUCCGAAUGCAUCUGUUUUACAUCCUCAGGCAUUAUUAACGCAUUUGGAAGUACUAAAACGUGCAACAUCAGUAACAGUACAUUUAUUUGAGACAACAUGGUCAUUGCAUGAUAUGUGCAAUAAGCCUUCAAUACCAAGUUUUGAAGAAUUUCUUGUUGAACAGAUAUUUAAUGAGAUUAUACCAUGUUCUAUAAUAACACCACUAGAUUGCUUCUGGGAAGGAAGUAAACUUUUAGGACCAGAAUAUCCAGUUACUGUACCCGAUAUGGAUCAAAAAGUUCAAUGGACAUCUUUAAAUCCGCAAGAUAUUUUACAAAAUAUGAAGAAGAAAAUUGGUGAUCAAUCCAUUUUUGAUAGCCUUGAACAAUAUAUGGACAGAGCUGGUAUAAGUACAGGAUACAUAGAAAAACCCUGUCUUAAUCCUAAAGAUCCAAUGUGUCCGGAAACAUCACCUAAUAAAAAUUCUUCUCAAAUUCCGGAUGUAGGAGAGAUAUUAACAGGUGGUUGUUAUGGUUACGCUUCUAAAUAUAUGCACUGGCCGGAAGAGCUAAUAGUUGGUGACGUUAUUAGAAAUCGAACGGGCCAUUUAAAAAAGGCAAAGGGUUUGCAGUCUGUUGUUCAACUAAUGACAGAAAAAGAGAUGUUUGAUUAUUGGAAUAGUAAUUAUAAAGUCCUUCACAUUGAUGGUUGGUCAAGGGAAAAAGCGGGAGAAGUUUUAAAUACAUGGCAAAAGAGAUUUACAAAUGAAGUGAAUUCAUUGUUAAAAUCGCCUACAAUCGAAAAUUCGUAUGAAAUAUAUGUGUUCUCAUCAGCUUCAUUAGAUGAUAUUUUGGAAAAAUUUUCAAAUCCUAGUCCGCUAAGUAUAGUAAUUGGUAUAGUUGCUACAGUUUUAUAUGCAUUUUUCACCUUAUUGCGCUGGAAAGAUCCUGUAAAAGGACAGAGUAGUAUUGGUGUAGCUGGUGUUCUGUUAAUCGGAAUGUCAACAGCUGCCGGAUUAGGUUUAUGUGCACUUUUAGGAAUUGUUUUUAAUGCCGCAACAACACAAGUUGUGCCGUUCUUGGCCCUCGGCCUUGGCGUUGAUCAUAUAUUUAUGCUUACAGCAGCAUAUGUAGAAUGUGAUCGACAUGAGGAAGCAAAGAACAUUUUAAAAAAAGUAGGUCCGAGUAUUUUAUUUAGUGCCGUGACAACAACGGGAUCAUUUUUGGCUGCAGUGUUUAUCCCAGUUCCAGCUUUGAAAGUUUUUUGUUUGCAAGCAGCUGUAGUGAUGUGUUUUAAUCUUGCUGCCGCUCUUUUUGUGUUUCCAGCUUUGAUAUCAUUGGAUUUGAAACGAAGAUCAGCUGGACGAGCAGAUAUAUUUUGCUGCUGUUUUCCAGUAUGGAAAGAAAAAUUGCCUGUAUCACCAAGUCUUUCGAACAAUAAUAACUAUAAUAAUAAAUUAAAUGAAACAGUUCAAGGUUGUGAUCGUGAAUUGCGUCACCAGGAGGAUAAAUUGCUAAGUGGAUCGGAGAAAAAAGAUCCAAAAUUUUCUUUGUCGAAGUUUGCUUUUAAAUAUUAUACGCCAUUUCUAAUGAAGAGCUCUACAAAAUUUUUUUCUAUAUUAAUAUUUAUUGCUGCUAUUAUAUUCAGUUUAUUUUCAUCUUUCAACUUACAAGAUGGAUUAGAUUUAAUAGAUUUGGUACCAAAAAAUACGAAUGAGUACAAAUUUUUAAACGCACAAACUUCAAUGUUUGGUUUUUACAACAUGUUUGCUGUAACACAAGGAGAUUUUGAAUAUCCAACUAACCAGAGACUAUUGCAUGAAUAUCAUGAAGCAUUUGUGAGAGUUCCACACGUAAUAAAAAAUGAUAAUGGUGGAUUGCCAGAUUUUUGGUUAACAAUGUUUAGGGAUUGGUUAUUCAAUUUACAGAAAAAAUUCGAUCGAGAAUAUAAAGAAAAUCGACUUAAUCAAGAGCGGUGGUUUCCAAAUGCAAGCAGUGAUGCUAUUCUUGCAUAUAAACUUUUAGUGCAAACUGGUUAUGUUGACAAUCCUGUUGACAAAAGUCUAGUAACACAAAAUCGUCUCGUUGAUUCUGAUGGAAUUAUUAAUCCAAAAGCAUUCUACAAUUACAUGUCUGCCUGGGCUACAAAUGAUGCAUUUGCGUAUGGUGCUUGUCAGGGUAAAUUGAGACCAGAGCCAAGAAUAUACGUACAUUCAACUUCAGAAUUUGAUUUGAAAAUCCCAAAAAGUUUACCACUGGUAUACACGCAAUUGCCGUUUUACCUACAUGAUUUAAAGGAUACAACUGGUAUUAAAAUUCUUAUUAGUCACAUUAGAGAUUUAAGUGUUAAAUUUGAACAACGUGGUUUACCAAACUACCCAUCAGGAAUUCCGUUCAUAUUUUGGGAGCAAUAUAUGACACUACGUACUUCAUUGACUUUAAUUCUAUUGUCCUCAUUAUUUGCUGCUUUUGUGCUGGUUUCGGUGUUGUUGUUGUCAAUUUGGGCGGCUAUUCUUGUUGUAAUCAAUGUUUUUCUAACAUUAAUACAAAUAUUUGGUGCUAUAACUUUACUUGGAAUUAAGUUGUCAGCUAUACCUGCUGUAAUCUUAAUUCUUAGUGUAGGAUUGGUCGUUUGCUUUACAGUUCAUAUAUCUUUGGGUUUUAUAACAUCAGUUGGUAAUCGAGAACGAAGGGUUAUGCUAUCAAUGCAAGUUUCAAUGGGCCCGCUAAUACAUGGAAUUUUAACUUCAACACUUGCUGUUAUAAUGCUAUCAAUGUCACCGUUUGAAUUUGUUAUAAGACAUUUCUUUUGGCUUUUAUUGGCUGUACUUCUAAUUGGUGCUGUAAACAGUCUUAUAUUCUUCCCCAUUAUACUAAGUUUGAUCGGCCCUGAAGCAGAAUUAAUUCCACUUGAACAUCCAGAUCGAAUUUCAACACCAUCACCAGUAAUACAACGCUCAAAAAGAAAUUCGAAUAAAACUGUUAUAGUUAAUGGCAGACCACGUUGCAGUAAAGAUCAUUAUCAACAUAAACAUGUCACCGCACCUGAACCGUCACUAACAACAAUAACUGAAGAGCCGCCGUCAUGGAAAUCUUCGUCAUCUUCUAUAAUAACAUGCAAUGAAAAGCAGAAUAAUUAUAAACAAUAUCAUCAACCAACAGCACCCAGUUCAGCAAAUCAUAAAUUUAAUACUGCAAAAAUGGAUGGUUGUAGUGAUGGUAGUAACAGUAGUGGAAAUGGAAAUUUUGCAGAAUUACAAAGUAUUGUUGUUCAGCCAGAAGUAACAGUUGAAACAACACAAUCUGGUACUGAUUCAAAUACAACUAGAGUUACAGCUACGGCAAAUAUUAAAGUUGAACUAGUAACUCCGGGAAGAGCGAGAACAUAUAAUAUCUCUAGUUAACAAUAUGAGUAAAUUUAUAAAAAAAAAAAACAAAAAAAAGAAACAAAUUUUUUUUUAAUUAAGAGGUAAAACUAAUAAAUUUAUUGUUUUGUAUAGGAAAUUAAAAUAUUUAAAUUUUUAAAUAAAUA